CACUGACCGACUCCCGGAGGACAAAGAAGUAAUCUUCCUCCCAGAGACGUGGUUCCCCGAUCUAUCCUCCACCCAGAAAACCGUUGUUCUUUCCCCAGCGACAAUCUGUCAUUUCCAUUGGAUUAAAAUUCCGAUCCUCAAAAAACCCUAGGAGAGAAAUCUCGCCCGGUCCUUAUGGAGAUCGCACCGGCGGCGCCAGCGUCUAACGACGGUGGAAGCGGGAUUGCCACCGCCGCUGCUUCCUCCUCCUCCUCCUCCUCUUCCUUCUCGGUCGAUGCAAUCAAGGGGACUACCGGCACCGCUUCUUCUGCGUCUUCCUCCGCCUCAACGAUGCUGCCGGACGCGGCGAAUAAAAAUAGUGGCGCUACUGGUUCAGCUUUCAAGUAUGACGACGACGAAGAGGAGGAGGACGUUUGCCGGAUCUGUCGGAACCCCGGUGACGCCGAUAACCCUCUCCGUUAUCCCUGUGCGUGCAGCGGCAGUAUUAAAUAUGUCCACCAGGAUUGCCUUCUUCAGUGGCUCAAUCACAGCAACGCUCGCCAAUGCGAGGUAUGCAAACAUGCCUUUUCUUUCUCUCCCGUUUAUGCUGAGAAUGCUCCAGCCAGGCUUCCUUUUCAGGAAUUUAUUGUUGGGAUGGCUAUGAAGGCAUGCCAUGUCCUGCAAUUUUUCCUGCGCCUUAGCUUUGUACUUUCUGUUUGGCUUCUAAUCAUUCCUUUCAUAACAUUCUGGAUAUGGCGUUUGGCGUUUGUUAGAAGUUUUGGUGAAGCUCAGAGGCUAUUCUUAAGUCAUAUAUCUACGACAGUUAUUCUUACUGACUGCCUGCAUGGGUUCCUCCUCUCUGCAAGCAUUGUCUUUAUUUUUCUUGGGGCAACUUCACUGAGGGAUUACUUCAGACAUUUACGAGAACUUGGGGGACAGGAUGCUGACAGGGAAGAUGAAGGUGAUAGAAAUGCAGUCCAAGCUCGAAGACCUCCUGGUCAAGCUAACAGAAAUUUUGCUGGUGAAGGAAAUGGUGAAGAUGCCAAUGGAGCUCAAGGAAUUGCAGGAGCUGGUCAGAUUGUCAGAAGAAAUGCAGAGAAUGCUGCUGCCCGUUGGGAGAUGCAGGCAGCACAUCUUGAGGCUCAUGUUGAACAGAUGUUUGAUGGUUUAGAUGAUGCUGAUGGUGCGGAGGAUGUACCUUUUGAUGAGCUUGUUGGCAUGCAGGGGCCUGUCUUUCAUCUGGUUGAAAAUGCAUUCACUGUACUUGCUAGCAAUAUGAUAUUCCUUGGGGUUGUAAUUUUCGUCCCUUUUUCACUGGGACGGAUUAUACUCUAUUAUUUGACAUGGCUCUUGUCUUCUGCCACCAGUCCAGUAUUGUCAACUGUCAUGCCUCUUACUGAAACAGCACUUUCCUUGGCUAAUAUCACUUUAAAGAGUGCUAUGACUGCUGUUGCAAACUUGACGUCUGACAACCAGGAGAAUAGUUUGCUUGGCCAAGUAGCAGAAAUGAUGAAAUCAAAUGCCACAGGAUUAAACGAAGUGUCAGGCAACCUCAGUACAGUAGUUUCAGCUGAUCUUUUGAAAGGGGCAUCUAUUGGGGCAUCGCGACUUUCUGAUGUUACCACUCUUGCUGUUGGAUAUAUGUUUAUAUUUUCUCUGGUCUUUUUCUAUCUUGGAGUUGUUGCUUUAAUUCGGUACACUAGAGGAGAACCUUUGACAUUGGGGAGAUUUUAUGGAAUUGCUUCCAUUGCAGAAACUAUUCCUUCCCUAUUCAGGCAAUUUGUGGCAGCAAUGAGACAUCUGAUGACUAUGAUCAAGGUUGCUUUUCUUCUGGUAAUUGAACUUGGGGUCUUCCCUUUGAUGUGUGGAUGGUGGCUGGAUGUUUGUACCAUAAGAAUGUUUGGGAAGUCAAUCACACAAAGAGUUGAGUUCUUUUCAAUUUCUCCAUUGGCAAGCUCAUUGAUUCAUUGGGUUGUAGGGAUCGUCUACAUGCUACAAAUAAGCAUCUUUGUUAGUCUUCUCCGAGGGGUUUUGCGUAAUGGGGUUCUCUACUUCCUUCGAGAUCCAGCUGAUCCGAACUAUAAUCCAUUCAGGGAUCUCAUUGAUGAUCCUGUGCAUAAGCAUGCUCGGAGAGUUCUUCUAUCUGUGGCUGUUUAUGGCAGUUUGAUUGUGAUGCUUGUAUUUUUACCUGUAAAACUUGCCAUGCGAAUGGCUCCCACUAUUUUUCCUCUUGAUAUUUCUGUGUCAGAUCCAUUUACUGAAAUCCCUGCUGACAUGCUUCUCUUUCAAAUCUGCAUUCCUUUUGCCAUUGAGCAUUUUAAAUUGCGGACAACAAUCAAGUCUCUUCUCCGAUAUUGGUUUACUGCUGUGGGUUGGUCCCUUGGCUUAACUGAGUUCUUAUUGCCUAGACCUGAGGAUAAUAGUGGGCAAGAGAAUGGAAAUGGUGACCAAGGCAGGCAGAACAGGGUGCAUGGGCAGGUAGGUGGACAAGAUCGGGCACUUGUGGGACUUGCUCCUGAUGAUUUGAACAGAAUUAGACAUGCCACAACAAUUAAUGGCAAUUCUGUUGAUGAGGAUGAUGGUGAUGAACAAACUGAUUCAGACAGGUAUGGCUUUGUGCUUCGGAUUGUGUUGCUGCUGGUUGUGGCUUGGAUGACUUUGCUUAUAUUCAAUUCUGCCCUGAUAAUUGUCCCAAUUUCACUUGGACGAGCACUCUUCAAUUCCCUUCCACUUCUGCCAAUUACGCAUGGAAUCAAGUGCAAUGAUUUAUAUGCAUUUGUUAUUGGAAGUUAUGCUAUUUGGACUGCCUUAGCUGGAGCUAGGUACUGUGUCGACCACAUUAGGUCAAGAAGUGCUACAGUUCUUAUUGCCCUAAUUUGGAAAUGGUGUGGCAUUGUCCUAAAGAGUUCUGCAUUGCUCUCAAUAUGGAUCUUAGUCAUCCCGGUAUUAAUUGGACUGCUCUUUGAACUUUUGGUGAUUGUGCCAAUGCGAGUGCCUAUAGAUGAAAGUCCAGUUUUCCUCUUGUAUCAGGACUGGGCUCUUGGGCUAAUCUUUCUGAAGAUCUGGACUAGGCUGGUUAUGCUGGAUCAGAUGAUGCCUUUGGUGGAUGACAGUUGGCGAACAAAAUUUGAGAGGGUGAGGCAAGAUGGAUUCUCUCGGCUGCAGGGAUUUUGGGUCCUGCGUGAGAUUGUUGUUCCGAUUAUCAUGAAGCUUCUUACAGCACUGUGUGUUCCAUAUGUCUUAGCAAGGGGAGUUUUCCCAAUACUUGGUUACCCUUUGGUGGUUAACUCUGCUGUUUAUCGGUUUGCUUGGUUGGGAUGCCUUGGCUUUAGUCUGUUGUGGUUCUGUGCCAAGCGGUUCCAUGUAUGGUUUACCAACCUCCAUAAUUCAAUCAGGGAUGACCGCUAUUUGAUUGGUCGCAGGCUUCACAAUUAUGGUGAAGAUAUUGUAGAGAAGCAGAAUGAAGAGGGGGUGUCCCAAGAAGCACAAAAUGCUCCAUUGAUUCAAGAUGACCAGCAGGCUGCAGACAUAGGUAUUAGACAGAGAAAUGCAUUCAGGCAAGAUACUUAAGCAUUAAAUUCACUUAUAGAUUUCGUCCCCUCUGAGGCGCUAUUACAUUGUUUUGGGGGAGAGAAGGAAAGCAAAACAGAAAACAAAGAGUCAGUGUUGACUACUUGUCAAUGUGUUUGAUGCUCAAAAACAGAAGGAAUGUAUUGGUGAGACUUCUAUUCGUGAAUAAUUUAGUGGACUUCUGCAGUUGUGAAUAUUUGUCUAAUGUGUGGCUUGAAGAUGUAACUUAGCUAUAAACAGCUUAGGCCAUAAUCCUUUUCUUUUUUCUUUGGUUCUGAUUCUUUUGUAUCUGCUAUUGUACUUUGGAUGUGCUGAAGAAUUGCCGUCAUGUCGGUUGCAAAUCGUUUAUAUAUGCCUUUGAACGAAGAUUGCCGACCCUGAUCACGAUUUCACAUUUGUACACUUAAUAUUUUGGUAUAUAAUGUAAGAUGCUUUCUGUUUUGGUCUU